AUGGCCAGUAAACGGCCGCGCAUGCGCAUGUCGAUGAACAAAAUCAACCUGUACAACAUGUCACGGCUGCGGUCCCCUACUCAUCCUACCGUCGCCCGCACGCAGAACUUUUUCAAGCAGAAAUGGGUAGCCAAAUCCGAGCUGCGGUCCUACCACGGUGAAUUCGUCCGAGAAGGACAGUGGGAGCGCAUGUUCAAUCGCCGGUUAGAAUCAGUCGUGCCGAUGGAUGCAGCCUACAUGGCGGUGAACGAUGGUUUUGUGGAGUCGUCAGGUAGAGGGAGUGGCUUGAGGCAAAAGGGAGGUCGAAAGAAGGAGUUACAGCGGACGCCAUAUAUGCUGCAGACUUUUGCGCCGUUGGAGAGGAGACUCGAUAUCGCGCUGUUUCGCGCGCUGUUUGCGAGUAGUGCGCGCCAGGCGAGGCAGUUUGUGAUCCACGGAGGGGUCACGGUGAAUGGGAAGAAGAUGACAUAUCCGGGCUAUCUCCUCAACCCCGGCGACCUCUUCCAAGUCGAGCCCCGUCUGGUCAUGUACGCACUCGGCAAGCCGAAAGUACGAGAAGUGGAAGAGGAGGCAGAGGAAGAAGACGAAGCAGAGACAUCAGCCGCAAUAACAGAGGAAGCAGACGACUCAGACGCAGCCGCUGCCCCCGAAGAAGACCGCACCCCUAAAGAAAUCCUCAAAUCCCUCCUCGCACAAUCAAAGUCCAUUCUUGCAGACUCGAAAUCGACCAUGAGCGGCAAGCGGAAACAAGAGCUACGAGAAUUUUCGAAAGGCGUGAAGAAGUUAAUGUCUAAAGCCGGCAGGCAAGACGUUGACACCUCGUCAAUGACAGAACAGUUCGCCACAAUCGAGGAACAGCUCGAACUGGCACUCGAAACCAAGGAAGCAGCCGCUAAAGGCCAAUCUCCACCAACAUCACAACCCGACCAAGCACCACCACCAACUACCUCCUCAGAAUUCCUCCCCACAGACGCCGAAUCCCUCCGCGCCGCCCUUCAACAAGUCCACAUCGACGAUUCGAAACCCUAUGCCACACCCUGGACACCCCGUGACUUCCUCUCCGCGUUCGCCUUCAUCCCGCGGUAUCUCGAAGUCAACCAGAAUAUCUGCGCCGCCGUGUAUCUGCGGCAUCCGGUGGCAAGACCGGGACUGAGCGAGGUGCCCAGUCCGUUCCCGGAGGCGGCCAGCGCGAACGCUUUUGCUUGGUAUCUGCGGAGGCGGUAG